GAUGCUAGUUCCAAUGUGCUUGUUCGGAGCAGCAGCGGAUAAGCCAGCAACAUAAAAUAUGUUUAUCAAAAUCAAUAUGAAUAACGUUAUCUGAUCACACUGAAAUUUUCAUACUCAAUUGAGCUGCAUAUUUACUUGUAUGUAUUUAAACUGUGCUAAUUUUGUUUCCCCUUUAUACUAUGUAUAAAGCAUACGUAUAUACAUACAUACAUAUAUGUAUGUGCAUACGUACCGCCCGCGCUCAGUUGGAUACAUUCGUAUGCAAGCAAGCGAAAAAUAGUACAUAUGUAUGUAAGCAAUAUUGUGUGCGCGGGUGCAUACGUGCAUAAAUAUAUAUAUGUAAAUUCUCAUGCAUUUAAGAAAACUGGUUUUCUAUUGUUGGUGAUGAAUUUGCAGUUAUCCAAUGUAAUUAGGACAUACUUAAAUAGUUCAAGGUGAACUUUCUGUUAGUUAGUCGCGGACCAAAUCUUGUUAAAUACAGUUGCUUAACUUAUGCAUACAUCGUUUGUUUUAUUUUAAUAGCUGCUAAAAAGGCUUAGUAGCUCAACAUUUGGUGACCCCGACGUGAUCGUAUCACGCGAUUUUUCGUUUGUUUCCGGCCGCUUACUGAGAUAAUUCUGCCACACUAGUGUAAACGUCAGCAACUUCGUCAUGCCAGGGGAAGGUGCAGAUCGAGUAGCCUUUCUAAAGCUGAAAACAAAGGCCAUAUUCAGCAGACUGGAGAGCUUGAUUAACGAGUUGGACGCAGACAAGCUACACAGUAUGGAUGAGUACAGUCUUUCAGCAAUGCUAGAAUCCUUAGGCGAAUUGAAAUCCAGUUUUUCUGCCGCACACACAAGCCUAGAGGAAUUGGACUUCGACUCCAUUGCCAGCGACCUGCCAAGUAACUUCGAUGCUGCUCUAAUCAACCUUAGAGCUACACUGCAACGCGAGAUUGGUAAACGUAGUGCCUCGCAACAUUGCUCCACGCUCAGAAUGAACUCCAGUGAGACCCAAUCAAUCAUUGUGAACGCUAAUAGCUCACGCUUGCCAUUGCUGACACUGCCUAAAUUCAGUGGCGCCUACACCGAGUGGACAAAUUUCUAUUCAAUGUUCACGUCAAUAAUCGACAAGGACAGCGACCUCACCAACAUCGACAAAUUGCAGCAUCUUCGUUCCUGUCUGAGCGGCGCUGCCCUUGACACCGUGCGCUCGCUGGAAAUAAACGACGCUAAUUAUAACACUGCAUUAGAUCUUUUACAAAAGCGCUUCGAUAACAAACGUCUUAUAUUUCAGGCACACGUCAGGGAGAUAUUUGGGCUAGAGAGGGCAGAUUCAAACGUAACCAAGCUACGAGAGCUGACAGAUAAGGUCACAGCACACAUACGCGCAUUGCAGUCGCUCGCAUCCAAUGGGAAGAUCGCAGAUGGCAUCAUCGUACAAUUGGUGAUCCAGAAACUCGACAAAAAGACGCAAGCUAAAUGGGAGGAGAGUUCAUCGAUCAGCGAACUGCCAUCCUGGGAUCAAUUAGCUAUGUUCUUGGAGAAGCGCUGCAGAACACUCGAGAACGUUGAGCAUUCUAUGCAGACACCGACUGGUCAGGCGGUAAAAGCUAACAAGAACGUGAGUACUGGUCAGAGGAAAUCCUUUGUUGCUUCCAACGGCUCAAAAGGUGUUUGUGUGUUUUGUGGAUCUGCCGAGCAUGCAAUUUAUAGCUGUCAACGCUUCGCAAAUUUGUCUCCGAACUUACGCCUGAGGGAAGUUAAGAAGCUUUCCCUUUGUCUUAACUGCCUAAAGACUGGGCAUCAAAUUCGUGACUGCAAAUCCGGAUCGUGCCGCGCCUGUCAGUCGAAACACCACACGCUCUUGCAUUUCGAACGCUCAACUGCAUCGUUAAUCAAUAGUCAAGCCGAAGCUUCGUCGGCAGCUACAGUUCAAUCCAACGCUAUGACUGCAUCGUUAUCUGUGUCGCCUAGUGCCCCAGUAUCUCCUUCUGAUGCUGUGUUCCUAGCUACUGCCGUCGUUCUGGUAAAAAAUCGUGCUGGAAGCUUCGUGCCUUGCAGGGCGCUUUUAGAUUCUGGCUCCCAGUUACACUUUGUCACAACUCGCCUUGCAAACCAAUUGCAGCUUGUAAAAGCAAAAUCUUCUGCUACAGUAUCUGGCAUUGGAGAUGCCAAUUUCUCAACGGAGGGUUACUCAGUCGACCUCGUACUGAAGUCGCGGACUUCAGAUUUCUCAACAAACAUAACAGCUGUUGUUGUGCAAACCAUAACCGACAACCAGCCUGGCUGCUCCGUGAGCACCAACGAGUGGAAUGUUCCGUCGAAUAUACAACUAGCUGAUCCUGGGUUCAACUUACCGCAGCGAAUUGAUCUGCUCAUUGGAGCAGCAUUGUUCUUCGAUCUGCUAUGUGUGGGGCAGAUACGCUUGGCAUACGGUUUACCACUCCUUCAGAAAACACGCCUCGGUUGGGUGCUAUCUGGAGGGGGGCAACAAGCUCCAAAACUAUCAUCUUUUGUGGUGCGACGGAAGUCCUCCAGUGAUAUUAUUUCCACUCGGUUGGAAGAUUUAGUGCGUCAGUUCUGGGAAAUAGAGCACAACUUCGAGCCGAUCUCUAAGGCCUCCCAAGAAGAUAUCGACUGCGAAGCCCACUUCCGGGAAAAUUAUUUGCGAUUGUCAUCAGGCGAAUACUCAGUUCGUCUUCCCAUGAAGCGUGGUGUGGAGGCCCUUGGAGACUCCUAUUUGCAAGCUCGUCAACGCUUCGAAAGUCUUGAACGAAAAUUCGCUCGUAACCCUGAGCUUAAAACAGAAUAUAGUAAGUUCAUAAAGGAAUAUCUGGACCUUAAUCACAUGUCGCUAGUUACCAAUGAGGUUUUUCAACAAUGCAAGUAUUUUCUGCCGCAUCAUUGCGUCAUCAAGGAUGACAGUAGCACAACAAAGCUGAGAGUGGUUUUUGAUGGCUCUGCAUCCACUACUUCGGGCUUUUCGCUGAACGACCUACUCAUGGCAGGCCCAACUAUUCAGCCGAAACUUUUUAAUAUCCUUAUUAGAUUUCGUACUUUUCCCAUAGCACUUACUGGGGACAUCUGUAAGAUGUAUAGGUGUGUUCGCGUCACCCCACCAGAUAGCAUGCUCCAAUGCAUAUUGUGGCGUGAAUCUCCUCAGGAAAACUUUGCCAUCUAUAAGUUAGACACGCUGACUUAUGGAACUAAGCCUGCGUCAUUUCUGGCCAUACGUGCCAUGCACCAACUCGCAGCUGACGAAUCCUCGACUUACCCCAUUGGUGCAGAAAUAGUGCGUCGAGACUUCUACGUAGAUGACUUGAUAUCUGGAGGCGAUUCGAUGGAAGAAGUACUGAAUAUCAAGCUACAAACAACUAGCCUCCUUGCUCGAGGAAACUUUAAGUUACGCAAGUGGUGCUCUAAUAGUCCAGAUAUCCUUCGUGAUAUACCUGACGUAGACAAGGAACGUUUCCUUAAGUUUGACGAUGGCAGUGACAUCACCAAAGCUCUGGGACUAGUUUGGGAUCCGGUCAAGGACAAGCUGCUAUUUUCGUUUGUGCCACAACGAGAACUCGGUAAAAACUCAAAACGCUCUGCGUUGUCUACUCUAGCUCGCUGUUACGAUCCCCUUGGACUAAUGGGCCCUACGCUGACCAAGGCGAAGAUUCUUCUGCAACGCAUGUGGAGAGACAAGCUUGAGUGGGAUGAGAGUCUACCGCAAUCGUUAAACACCGCCUGGUCUGCCUUUUGCAGCGGGUUUGCAGACAUACAGCACCUAUCAUUUCCUCGUUACGUCUUGCAACCUGGGGCCAUUACAGAAAUUCAUGCAUUUUGCGAUGCAAGCCUUGAAGCUUAUGGGGCUUGCGUUUAUACGCGUUCAGCCAAGGAUAGUAAGGUACAAGUGCACCUGUUGUGUUCGAAGGCCCGUGUCGCUCCACUGAAGACUAUCACCGUGCCCAAGCUGGAACUCUGUGCAGCAACACUGCUGGCACAACUCAUGGAUUCCUCCACUGUCCUCUCGUGGCUGCGAGAAGAACCAUCGAAAUUUAACGUAUUUGUCGCUAACCGAAUUUCCACCAUACAUCAAUUAACGGAGGGCAUGCGGUGGCACUAUGUUCCGACAGCAAUGAAUCCGGCGGACAUUUUAUCCAAAGGAGCUACCCCGCAGGAACUUCUAGGAUCUUCACUUUGGAUGCACGGCCCGUCAUUUUUGCGAGAAGUGGAGGGCAGCUGGCCGCGCAUGUGUCUACCACAACCAAAACUUCCAGAACUUCGACAAAAGGUGUUGCUUGCCGCACAUAACCGCAAUGACAUUUCGCUUUCGUUCAAGUACAUUAAUUCAUUUGGAACAAUGCAGCGCAUUUUUGGGUACGUCAGCAAAUUUGUCAAUAUUACAACAUCGCCAAGCUCUUCGCAGCUCACAGCCGCAGAUAUUCACCAUGGAACUCAACUGCUUAUUCGCUUAGUACAAAGAGCGCAACUUUGGCCGGAGUACACGGCAUUACAGGCCAAUAAUUGCGUCCCGAGUUCGAGCAGCAUUGUUUCGCUAUCACCAUUUCUUGAUGACUUUGGAAUUAUUAGAGUCGGCGGGCGAUUAAAAAACUCUAUGCUUAGUUUUGAAUCGCGCCACCCAUGCAUUAUUCCGAAGGAUCAUCCACUGACAUUUAGUAUAAUAACCUUUUUUCAUCGCAAACAACAUCACGCAGGUCCUCAAGCUUUACUCGCCUUCAUUCGAAUGCAGUUUUGGCCCAUAGGUGGUCGGAAAACAGUCACUCGAGUCCUACAAAAAUGCAUUAUUUGCUGCAAAUCGAGACCGCGCCUUGUCGAGCACAUAAUGGCCGACCUGCCUAAAGAGCGAAUUCAGGCCUCGCGCCCAUUCAUAGUCACCGGUGUGGACUACUGUGGGCCAUUUUAUUACAAGCCUGAAGUACGCAAUAAAUCGCCCCACAAAUGUUAUGUAAGCGUUUUCAUUUGCUUCGCCACAAAGGCUGUAUGGAUGGAGUUGGUAAGAGACCUCUCAACAGGUGCUUUCAUUGACGCGCUAAAACGAUUCAUCGCUACGCGUGGCAUACCCAGCUGCAUCUGGUCUGACAAUGCGACGAAUUUUGUAGGCGCCAAGAACGAGCUUAAAGAACUACGGAACUUAGCCCUCAGCGAGAAACACCGCAGCGAAGUCCACAACUUUUGCCUCAGUAAUGGCUUUGAUUGGCGUUUCAUCCCACCUCGCUCUCCGCACUUUGGCGGUUUGUGGGAAGCGGCCGUAAAAACAGCCAAACAACAUUUCUAUCGUUCCGUUGGCUCAUCACUGCUUGGCUUCGAUGAAUUGCGUACUUUGGUAUGUCAAAUCUGUGCUGUAAUUAACUCUCGUCCUCUCGUACCCCUUUCAGAAAACCCAGAGGAUUUAGAUGUGCUAACGCCAGGCCAUUUUUUGAUUGGUGGUUCUCUGACAGCUCUUCCGGAACCGGAUCUAACGACGCUAAACUACGACCGACUUGAUCGAUGGCAGCGUGCAACAUACAUUAAACAGGUUUUUUGGAAGCGGUGGACUCAAGAGUAUCUAACUCUUCUACAGCAACGCGCAAAGUGGCGUUUACCUCAUGCCAACAUUCAAGUCAAUGAUGUCGUAUGCAUAAAGGAAGAAAACUCACCACCACUGAAGUGGCCUCUAGCACGGGUAAUCGAAGUUGUCCCUGGAGCAGACGGUGUCGUACGUGUGGCACUUUUAAAAACAUCUAGCGGCAUAACGCGACGAGCCGUGAACAAGCUGUGUGUCCUCCCGGUGAAGGAUUCUGUUGAAAGCCCUGACCUUUCAACGGGGGGGAGGAUGUUCGGAGCAGCAGCGGAUAAGCCAGCAACAUAAAAUAUGUUUAUCAAAAUCAAUAUGAAUAACGUUAUCUGAUCACACUGAAAUUUUCAUACUCAAUUGAGCUGCAUAUUUACUUGUAUGUAUUUAAACUGUGCUAAUUUUGUUUCCCCUUUAUACUAUGUAUAAAGCAUACGUAUAUACAUACAUACAUAUAUGUAUGUGCAUACGUACCGCCCGCGCUCAGUUGGAUACAUUCGUAUGCAAGCAAGCGAAAAAUAGUACAUAUGUAUGUAAGCAAUAUUGUGUGCGCGGGUGCAUACGUGCAUAAAUAUAUAUAUGUAAAUUCUCAUGCAUUUAAGAAAACUGGUUUUCUAUUGUUGGUGAUGAAUUUGCAGUUAUCCAAUGUAAUUAGGACAUACUUAAAUAGUUCAAGGUGAACUUUCUGUUAGUUAGUCGCGGACCAAAUCUUGUUAAAUACAGUUGCUUAACUUAUGCAUA